AACUGUGCAGUAAAUUUUAGUUGUAUCCCAAUAUAUAUUAUAUAUAGUUUCAUCUACAUAUUCAAUAAACAAAAUGUAUCUUGUCAAGGCCGUACUCAUUCUUAUCUUUGUCCAGAGCAUUACUCAGACCUUGGCCUUGAAUGCACUAAACAACUAUGGAAAUAGCGUAUACCCCGAUCGCUGUGUUGUGGAUAUGGGCACAUCCGUAGUGCUGCUAAAAUUUGGGGAGUCUGUUAAGCUGGAUUCGCUGCCCUGCACACAGAUCUUUUGCAUAGGAGAUGGCUGGGGCAUGCUAGAAACCUGCGAUUUUAUGCGUCCAAAUCUCGGCUGUCGCUACACAAGUUUCAAGGACUGGGAGGCAGACUACCCCGACUGCUGCAAGCGUAACAUGGUGUGUGAUUGAAAUUGUUCCCUUAUCAAUCUGUUCCGGUCUUUUGUUUGCAUUUAACGAUUCGUUGCAAGCUAAAUUUAAUAAGUGAUAACCCCAAGCAUUUAAAGUUUAAUACAGUUUAGAGCAUGUGGUUUGUAAUCAUAUUUAUGUCAUACGCACAGAU